CGUCAAUCAGUGUGUAGAGCGAAGAUCCAGGUAGGUAUGCAGCACACGAGGUCAUAAAGGACACACAGCGCGACACGUCUUCACAUUCACGCAGCGCCUCGCAAUAGGCCUACCCCAUCUGCAUGUCCGCCGAGAAAUAUGGCAGACACAUCAAAGGGACGUGUCCACACUAGCGAGACAAAUACAUAGGACAAUACACACAUGCGAGCAUAAGCGUGGGCACGUGCGCCCGCGCCUGCCGACUAUCGUAAUGCACUGACUUGCUACUCUCCCCGCUCCUCCCCACCGCCCGUCGACAGACAGCUCUCACACACAGCCAUUCGGCGAGCAUGAUCUCCGCCACCGCAGUCAGCCACUGCCAGCCAUCCGGCACCUGCACACACACAGACAGAUACAGCACCGCAUGAUCACCAUGGUCGGGACAACCAUGUACCUUGACUCUCUCCCUUCUGUGCUGACCUGCAGUGUGUAGAUCUCCAAACCGACACAUGUAAAGUAGUGGCUGGCAGCUAAGGUGGCCCAUCCCUCCUCGUUGAUGCUGCCCACGUACGUCUUGUCGUCGGGCAGCUCAUCCCUCUCUACCCACUGGAGGCAGCUGCGCAGGUCGCCAGCCGGGCCUUGCUGCGGUCGCCCCCCAUGCCCCAGCCACAGGCGGCCGCCAGCAAUGCACACCAUGCCAGCCGCGCCCCUGCUACCCACCACCGCCCCCUCUGUCCCAGCGACCUCCACAUACUGUCUGUCGUGCGGCACAUUGAUCUUGGUGAUGCCGCCCUCCUCGAAUGCGCCACUGAUGGAGUAGAAGGUCACGGGGCAGAAUGUCGUCUCCACUGCAGUGGGGUCGGCGGGCUGCUUGAGCUGUCCCUCGAUGUGGGCGGCGAAGGUGUGGCUGCCGGUGUCCUUGGCCACCAGCAGCAGGUCGGCCGCCUCGCCCACCUUGGCCACCAUGGUCUCGUGGGCCCAGCCGUCACGCUCGCCCCUGACACAGCCGGACAGACAGGAGAGGGAUACGAUGAUAGCAUCACAGCCGGCGGCUCAUCUUUGGGUGACCCACUUGUAGAGCAGCUGUGCGGUCAUGCCUAUGUGGCGGGUCGUGUCGAUGAGGGCCUGGAGGUCAUCGACGGGGAGGAUGGGAUCAGCCGGGAGGGUCGUCCACACCUGAACAGACAGACACACACACACACGUCACAUCGACAUGAUGACGUCCGUCCACUCGAUGUGUCUGUCUGACCUGGUACACCUCCAGUCGCUGGGCGGUGAAGGAGUGGUUGUCGGCCAAGGUAGGAUUUCCUCGCUCGUUGAAGGUGCCCACGUACGUCUUGUCGUCGGGCAGCUCACCCCUCCCCACCCACUGACAGCAGCUGCGAACGUCGUCAGUCGACCGCCCAUCCUCCCCACACCCCAGCCAGAGCCGGCCGAGAGCGAUGCACACCUUGCCCACGGGCAGACCCUCGUGGUCCUUCACCGCCCCCUCUGUGCCGGCGACCUCCACCGACUGCUCGUCAUGUGGCACGGUGAUCUCGGCGAUGCCGCCCUCCUCAAAUGGCCCACUGAUGGAGUAGAAGGUCACGGGGCAGCCGGUGGUCAGCGUCGAUGUUGGGUCAGCCGGAGGGAUGAGGGGCCCGUCGAUGUGGCAGGCGACGGUGUGCUGCUUGUCGUCCUCGAUGACGAACAGCAGGCCGCUCACACCCGCCACUCGCUCUACCAGAGUGCCAAACUCUCCGCCGUCAGACGAACUCCUGACACACAAAGGCACCCAAAUCAACACAUGGCAUCUCCCUCUUGUCCCCCCUAAUGUGUGUUGUGACUCACUUGAAGAGGCAUUUGAUGUGGCUGUGCGAUUUGCCGAUCAUCGAGAGGUACACCCGCUCCAUGAGGCCGUACAUGUCACAGGCAUACAGCAGCUCGGCAGGCCAAGUGCUCGUCGGCAGCGGCGUGGCGGCGUCGGGGGCCAACCGAAUGCGACGGACGUGAUCCACCACCCUGCACACCACACACACAGCAUGGAGAUUUCGUGUGCCGCCUGGCUGCUGCUGUGGUGGGCUACUUGUGGAAGGUGUCUGCCGACACAUCCCCGAUGGGCCCAAAGCUGCACACACACACACACACACACACACACACAGUGCCAAGAUGACCACCACGCCAUCUCAUCUCCGCCUGUAGACCUACUUGAUGAAUCGGUCGUGCAGUAUGCUGUAGUCGGCCAGCGUCGCGUCGGUCGUGGCCACCACACCGCCAUCCGCCACACGCACACUCAGCACCUCACUGCCGCCCGUCCCGCCCGCCACCGAUGAGCUGAUGAACGGCCCCAUGACGGCCAUGAAGCCCCGGAACGCCUCGCUGUCGUGGUCACCGUGUUGCGGCUCGAUGGUGACGGCCGUCUCGGCGAAGAAGCGGUCGUGGUAGAAGGCCAGUGCGGGGCAGCCCUCGAUGAUCUCACUCACGUCGAUGCGGUUGCAGCUCAGGUGCCGAAGCUUCACAGCCAACCUGAACACACACACGGCGACUGCUGCUGCCUGUCAGCCAUCGUGUUGCUUCCCUCCCUCCCCCUCACCAGAUGAAGUAGAAGGGGUCUGCGUCAAUGAAGUGAAUGCGAUUGUCGUCUGUGAUCAUCCAGCUGUCGAAGCGGUUCAGCAGCACCGCCAGGCAGGUGUCCCGCAGCCCCUCGCACAGCAGCACAUCCCGAGGGAAGGCCAUGACGAAGCCGCCCACGUUGAGCAGCAUCGGCCGGCCGCUCAUCUUCUCUGCUGGCCUGUGGAUGCCGUCUGCUGUGGCCGUGCUGCUGCAUGCCGACGCCUUCAUGGAUGAUGCGGUGCUCCUAUGGCGAGAGAGGGAUGGCGGCAACCCAGGCGGCAACAGACGGAAUGAGUGACGAUUCGGACGCUCCGAAUCGAUAGAUAUCGACAGAGAUGGCCUUCCGCGUCGCCCUGCUGCUCUUGUGAAGCCUCAGGACGGUUGGAAGCUCGCU